UUUUUGGAAAAUUUUGCUCGUGGCUGCCGGUGGAGAGCAGCCCCCCCCCACCCCGGAGGGUUGAGUUCAAGCUAACUUGCAAGCGCCAAGUGCCCCCCCCCUCCACCCCGUCCCACGCAUGAAGACGUCGAGCUGCAGCUCGAGGAAGUCCAGACAGAGAGAAAAGCGGGAUCCUGCCGGCCUCUGCCCCUUCCUGGCCGCCCCUUCCCUGGAAGGACGAGUCCUCCCGCUUCGUCCCGGGGAAGCGAAGCUCCUGCUCCCCGCGGUGCCGUGCCACGCAGUCGUUUACGCGGGGGCACCGGCUGCCGCCCGCGUUCCCCCUCCUGCGGCAAGGCGGGGUUUGGGGGCGCUCUGCGGGCCCGGUUCGUCUGCGCCCACGUUAAACCUCUCCAGGUGCUGAGCCGAGAUGGGUUUCGCCGAAGACAAAGUGUACGACCACAUUUUGAGAAACCUCAGCAAUUUCGGGAACAUCCACGUGACGUCGCUGGCCCAUUCCCUGACCUGCCUCACCGAGGCCGACAGGGAUGAGCUGCAGGCCCGGGAGGAAAUGCGGGGCAGGCACACGGCCGUGUUCAAGCUCUACCAGUUCCUGAAGUGCCGGCGGGGCUGGGUGCCGGAUUUGAUCAACGCGCUGCACCAGAACAACGCGGGGCACCUGGCGGAGGAGCUGCAGCAGCUCUACGACUUCUACCGCAUCCCCGGCGGUGCUCCCUCCUCCUCCGUCAGCGCCCGGAUGCCGUCCGUGGGGGCAAACCCCGCUCCGGGUGCCCCGAGGCCCGAGCAGCCGCGCCGUGAGCCGCCCGCCGGCAGCCAGCCGUCGCUCCUGCCCGGCGCCGCGACUGCUGCGAGCUCGGCUGCUGCCAGCACGGACUUGGACUCCAGGGCCCCAGUGCAGGAAUCGCUCCCGAAGGAGCUCCCAGAGCGAGAGAGUCCCCCUCCGCCUGGCAGCGUGGCCCGCGACGGAGCGAGCGAGGGGCUCCGCGGAGAGGGGUGCGUCCCGCUCCCUCCUGAUGCCGCGCGGGCGACGGCGGAGCUCCCCGGCGCGGCCACCGCGGCCAUGCCGCAGGCCGGCCCGUCCGAGCACGGCCGGGACUGGCCGAGCCGGCAGCAGCACCCGGUGUGCGUGGAUAACGGGUAUUUUGGGAACGCGAACCACCUGAACCGUGGCGCCCUGCGCCUGGGAUCGGGCAGGUCCCUUCCGCUGGGAGAUCCGAGCGCUGCUCGCAGGAACGAACCCGAAGAGGUUCACUACGUCUCUGCUGAGCUGCCUCCGAGACCGGUGGAGGCCGUUCACGUCGGGGAGCCGCGGCCCCCGGACUCGCUGAAGACGCCUGCGUGCGGCUCCGGGCCCGGAGAGCCCCCGAGCAGCUUCGUGGACGUGCGCAACCCCCUCCUCAUCCAAAAAGAGUUCGACGCGGAGCAGAAGCGGCUCGGGAUGCUGAGGAGCAGCGGAGGAGAUGGAGAUGCUCAGGUGGAAGCAGCUCCUCCAGUCUCUGCUCCAGCACCCACAGCCACUUUCACAUCAAGCGGUGCUUCCUUGAAGGCUCCCGUACAGGAGGGAAAACUGGCUGCGGGGGAGAGAGCCGGCAGCGCCCCAUCUAUACCAACGAAGGAGAGAGUGCUCCCAGCCUCGGCAGCCCCUUUCCUGGGCACAACCGCUGUGGGCAGCUUCGAAGGCACGGCUGGAAGAAGGACCCCCCUGGUGAGCUCUGCUGGGAACAUGCAGGUGUUUCGCACCUACGCAGAGGAAGACGUGGAGCUCAGCAAGCCGGGUGUUCUCCUCUCCGCGGCGGGAGGGAACCCGGAGGGGGCCAGCAGAUGUCUGAGCUCACGGUGGCCCAGCAGUUCCUAUUCAGGGGACUCCGAUCGCCUCGAGUUAAGUAGCGACUCACUUAUGCUGAGCACAGAUAGCUUGAGCCACGGAGAAGCGCUCUCUAGAGCCCCUUUGGGAUGCUGGACCCCAGCUCCAGUGGCUCAUGCAGACCCUGCAGGAGAGAAGGCAACAGCAGCAAACCCCUGUCCACCUCCAAGCACCUCGCUGGUCACCCACGAGGUCCGGGUGGACCAUUACCCCAGUGUCCUGCUUGGUGCACCCCAAGAUCUCCCGCAGGGAGACAGUCCCUUCAGAAACCCUCCAGCUUUUGACUCGAGCACCAACUCCAACUUGUCUCAGGCCAAAGUCGUCCCAAGAGACAGCAAUAGCUCGUCUUGGUCAUACAUCGCACCAGCUGCAGGCAUUGCACUGAUUUCGGCCGUGGCUUUUCUAGUAUAUGCUCGACUGCAGAAAUAGUGCUAGAGCAGAGCAAAAAGAUGAUGGGAUGCCACUAUCAUCACUCAGCCUGAACGAUUCCUCGUUGAAGCAGGAAUUUGGCCAAUGUGCUUGAAGCCUGAAGAACUGGAGGGUUGGUAGGGCCUUGUUAACUCUCACUAGAAGGUUUCACUGACAGAGGCCUUGGUUGCAUGAUGCUGUUGGGUUUUGGUAUGUUCCUCUGUUUCCCAACCAUCUUGUCCUUUCUGUUGCACUUGUAGAGAGGGUCUCACUCAGGGACCAAUCCCCUGAGUCAAAAAUCAAAGCCUUCCUGGUGAUUCUCCGUGUCUUCCUUCCAGUCCUAGAAGACCCUAGGGAAAUGUUUCCUAGUGGUCCAAAAAGUGGCUUUCCAGGGAAGGGUUUUGCACGUGUUCUGAAAAGAUGGAGCCGAUUUUGUCGGCUCUGCUCAGCUUGACUUGAAAAUGCACCCGAGGGUUUGCGCACCAGCCUUCACCAGGUGCCCAGCCUCAUGUUUGCCUUACGUUGUAUCUCUGGCUCUGACGCUGGGACCUUGGCCCAUCUCUGCUAUCCUUUCCUGCAGCACUGGGCAGGCAGCAAGGACUGUGGUGCAGCAAGGCCUGCUCCCCUCCGCUUGCUCCUGCUGAGGGACUGAGGUCAACCUGGCUGAGUGGCAGGGCACGGCUGGCGUUUCCACCUUGCGAAGCCUUAACUGGUGUGUCUCCUCGCUGCUGGGAGGAUCUAACGAAGCAAAGUUUGUUGCUGUCACGGGAAGGGGAAGUUCAGUAGCUCCCGAGGGCUUUGCGACCGUCACCGUGAUGAGAAUGUGACAGGCCAGACUGCGUCCACGCUUUUGCUCAGAGCAUCCUCCCCUUCCCUUGUGGCGCGGGGUCUGGGAGGGCUGGCGUGCAGCUUGCUUUGGGCGGUGAUGGGGCUGAACGGUUGCUCCUCUCUUGGUGAGGAUGAAGUACCUGUUUUCCCUAGCAGCUCCUGCAAGGUUUAAUCCAGGAGCGCUCCUGUGAGGCUGCUGGGCUAUGUCCACGCACAGGCGGUGGCCCUUGAAGCCUGCUUUAAAUAUAAUGGGAUCUAUAAGGUUGUGACAGCCUUGUGGUCCCUGAUGUGAAGUGCCUUCUGGUGGCACAUCAGGUGCCUUCUCCGUUCCUUCUGUGGUGCCAUAGGCCACGUUGCACUCCGUACCGCUGUCUGGAGGGACACGCAGUAUGAGCUCCUCGCCUCCUUGGCAGCACGGCUCUGCUACUGCAGAGCCUGUGGAGCUGAACGCCCUGCAGGAGGCCCUGCCUGCUCGUCCCUGCUUUACCUGCCACUUGUGUCACUCGCUCCGGUUACUGCACCUGCGAGAGUCGUUUUUUUUUUCCCACAAAUGCCAGAGGAAAUGCUGGGGACUUUGGAAGUCACCUGCCGGCAUCUGCCUGAUCCCAAGUCCCCACGCUUCGUAACCGCCCGGUUCUGAGCCAUGUGGCUGCUUCCCCAGCUUUGCCUUACAAUUUCUGGUUUACUGACUUAGCAUUACCAUUCACCUGGGGAAGGGAGCUGGGACUUGGAGCCUGUUCUGACUCAGGCCUUAUUGGACCAAUUGCUCUCAAAGCUGCAAACAGUUCUGCCCGAGGCAGAGAGGGGCUGGGGGACUUUUGGUCGAGUUUGUGGGGUUGGCAGCUGCUGACGCUUUCCCUUUCCUCAGCAGUGCAAGAAGCACCUCUCUUAAAUGAUGAAGGUGACAAGUACAUGCAAUAGUGAGAUGCUGUUGAGGUUUAUGUUGAUGCGACUGGGCUGCAUUUUAGGGCGAACCUGAGCUGCUCACAGCUUGCUUGCUCUAGUGAUGUAUCCAUCAGAGGAACGGAGCGUCCUUUUAAAUGCAAUGCAACUCCUCUGCUGGGAGAGGUGACACGGGGGCUGUUCUCCCCUUUUGAAGACAGGGUGGUGACUCGUCCAAAACCUCCCUACAAGCAGGGCAGAUACAGGACUCCAGGAAUAAUCCAGGAGUCCCUAUUGGCAGUCCCCAAUAAGCUAUUUUUUUUCUCAGCUUCAGUAAUUUCACCAGGGAGAGGUUUGUAUAGACCUGUGACCUCUCCAUGAAAGCUGCAGCUUUCAACACUUCCAAUUGCUCCAUUUGCAAAAGGUAUGAAAAUCUCCCCAAAUCCUUCCUCCUCGUUAAAAGACUGGUGUUUACUACUGAAUGUUGUGCUGAAAUAAAGCAGAAAUUAUUAGCAAAUAUCCAUACUGUAAAGCAGAGAGUAUUUGAGCCUGUGUAACCACAUUGCAUAAUGUCAGAAAAUUCAACCCUCUAAAGAGAGGGGGCAGCAGGGGUCUUCUCCAUGUGCUGCUGCAUGAUUCAGAGGACAUCUGUGAGAUCCCAAACCAGCAGCAUCCGCACCAAGGCCCUCUUCUCUAAUGCUUUACUUGUCUAAAAUUCUUCAUGCAUUUUUCCGAUACUUUUUUAGCAAUGGCAUGUACAUUUUUGCUUUCACAUUGAUUCACUCUUGUGAAUCAGUUGGUUUAUCACUACUUUGGACUUCAUAAAUGUGUGUUCAUUUUCCUCUGUAUUUAGUGUGAAAUACUGGUAUUUUUUAGAGCUGUAUCGUGGCAUUUUGAAAGCAUGAUCAGCAGGAGAACCUGCAGGAGGGAAUUGUGUCCCUGCAAAUCUUUUAGAAAAGAGAAAGCUUUUUGCGAAAUACAUAAUAAAAUUGUUUGUGAUCUAACACUCAA